AAGGUGUGACGCGGGGAAGGCAAUUACCGCUCAGAUUCUUCUCACAGAGGUCUGAGGGACAAGGCAGCACCCGCUGCAAAACAACACCAUUCUUAUCUGAGACAAGGCUUAUAUUAACGUGUCGUCACUCUAAUUAAAGCAUCACUCAGCAACAUGAAUCUACUCAUACUGGCGACUCUGUUCUCUGUGGUUUUGGCCGAAAAAUCACCCCGGCUGAAAUUUACCGUGAUGGAAUCCCCUCGGUUUCGCUUCAUGAAACCGGAGAACUACACCACGGUUUACCACCAACAGGAAACUGAUGUCCUGUAUGUGGGGGGCCAAGGAGUCAUCUAUAAGCUCAGCUUCAGUGAUAAAGGAGUGCAUGACAAGCAGAUCCCUGUGGUAAUGGAUGAGAAUGCAAAAGCGAAGUGUGUCUCAUCAGCAUGGAAGCAAGAGUGUGAUAAUUUCAUCUCAGUAAUUGAGAAAGUCGGUGAUUCAUUCGUGGUGUGUGGGACAACAGCGGGUUCUCCUAAAUGUUAUCUCCUGGUAAAUGACAGUGUACUGAGGGAAAUGCCGGCGGAAACAGCAGCGUCUAACAUCUUGGCACCUUUCCCUUCUCAGCGCUCCAUCAGUCUGUCAGCAGAUGGGAAUCUGUACUCUGCUCUGUCAGCGGUUGCAGGACAGCCUGGCUCUAUCCGUCGCACAUAUGGCUCCAAAAAACAGCUGAAGUCAGAGAAUAAAUGGCUACUGAAUCCCCAGUUUGCAGGAGCCGCUGUGAUACCACACAAAGAGAAACUCAAAGAUGAGAUAUAUUUCUUCUUCAGUGAGGUCAACAGUACAGCCAAUCUAGAUGAAGAGCCUUACAGGGCUCGGAUAGGACGAGUCUGCAUGGUUGAUGACGGAGGGCUUCAGAAUGUGCUGCCAAACUCCUGGACCACAUUCCUGAAGGCACGUGUGAUGUGUGGGAAAGCUGGAACUCCUGUGCAGUACAACAACUUCAAACAGGCCUUCGUUCUGACCUCUCAUCUCCGCACUGGGUUGAUAUAUGGCCUCUUCUCCAAUGCCUGGAACACCACUGUAGUGUGUGCGUACUCCAUUGAAGACAUUGACAGUGCCUUUUCUACAUCCAAACUGAAGGGCUACAACUCACCUUUAGCGGCCCCUCGUCCUGGAACGUGUGCUUUCAGGAACAAUACUCAGGCUCAUAACCAGAAGAUCCUGACUGUGAUAAGGGAUCACCCUGAGAUUGAGGAUAUGAUCAAGCCGGUUGACGAAACUCCUCUGGAACUGCCAGUUCAUGACCACUUCACACAUCUUGUGGCAGACACAGUCUUGGCUGUCAAUGAUGAACACUACAGCGUCAUUUAUCUGGGCACAGAAAAGGGUAAAGUCCUGAAGGUGCUCCAUGCCAUAGAAGGAGCCUUUAUCAUAGCACAGUAUUCUUUAUUCCACGAUGAUAGUCCCGUCAUUAACAUGGCAAUUGACUCUAAAAAGGGUCAUCUCUAUAUUGGGACAGAGCUUGAAGUGCAGCGCAUCCCCCUGGCUGACUGUGGUCGAUACGGAGUAGGCUGCCGGGAAUGCAUCCUUUCACGAGAUCCAUAUUGUGCCUGGGACAAGUCCAAGAGGAAGUGUACUGCAAUCCCAGCAGGCUACAACAUUAGCACUGGGACCCUUAUUCAGACCCUUGACCACUCCAGUGCCUCGGUCUGCGGCGAUGCUCCAGCUCAUAAGGCACGUAGCACCAUCCCCAAGCAAGUUUUAGUGGAUAAGGAUGGACCGGUCCUGCUACCGUGCCCAGUGCGAUCCUACCAUGCCACUUACCGCUGGGAGAAAGACAACUGCAUCAAGGAAUAUCCUUGCACCAUCUCUGGCUCCUCCUGUGUGCUGGCACCCACCCCUGACCUGCCUCUGAAGGAGGGUGUGUUCCGCUGUCUGGCAGAGGAGAACGGUCUGCAACAGGAGGUGGUGUCCUACAAGCUAGUGUUCAACGGUGGACCCCUCUCCACCUCGCUAGCCUCCACCCUGGGGUCGGCUCUGCUGCUGGCUGCCGCGGCACACUGGCUCCUGUAGAUCCAGUGAAUCCUGAGGGGUCGGAAGGAAAAACCAGUUUUAUGCUAAGGUCAGCAGAGCAUGAGUACCAAGUCCAACUAAACUGCAGGGGAGCAGCUGGUCUCUAUAUAAACUGUGUUUCUUGUUUCUUAUUCGGAGCAAUUCUUUUCUUUGAAGGGCCGAGAAAAUGCCUGAAAUUGUCUCAUUUUGCAAAAUGCUUUAUCAUACCAAACACCAGUGUUAUGUAUUACAUGAACUUAUGUACUGUAAGUGUACUGUUUCAUGCCCAUCAGCCUAAAAGCAAGCAUUUAGACUUAUAUACUGUAUAUUCAAAUAUCUAAUACAUGCGAUGUGUACAUUGCUUGCAAAAUGUUAGUGCCAUCUUUCAGAUGUUUCAGAAGACUGCUUUGCUAACUACACUUAGACAUGGAAUCCAGAUCAGUUAUUUAACUUGGUUAGUUUUCUCGUUAACACUUUAUAGAAAGGUUCAAUCACUUUAAGGUGAUGAUACACAGGGCAACUUUUUGAGCAAUGUUGCUGGGCAAU